UCGGCUCUGCCGCUGCUUAGACACCCGAAUGUGCUACGCCUUCCAAGAGUAACUUCCAGUGACACACCAAACAACAUAUAAUUCUCCCACAUGUGAAAAUAACGACUGCUUGAUAUGUCCGACCCUGACCCUGUCGUCGACGAUGUCGUAGAAGCUACCUCCGCAUUCCGACUCGAUACGCCUGCGCAAAGCGAUCGCGACGAUGCAAGUCCGACCACAGGUCAAAGUAAUAACUCGAUCAGAGACGAUCCCACUCAAGCCCAUGCAGCGCCGGGGGUCCAAUCACCCCAAAGCGUAGCUCAUACGCAGCCCAUUGAAGUGAACGGCAAAACUCGAGUCUGGGACAUUACUUCCAAAUUCUCGGAGGCAUCCUCGGGUAAGCCUAACAUGUUCACUCCUUAAGCGCACACGCUCGUUGCUUGGACAGGACGAAAUAUCAGAAUGAAAUCCACCGCCGAAUACGCACUUACGCAACUUUGCUGAUAU